AUGCCUGAGUACAGUGCAAAGAUCUUGGGGGCCCUCUGGUUCCUAUGUUCUUAUGCACAAGCUGCAUCUCUGUCGAGCACUUUAACUGCUUUACAUGGCGACCUCUGGCUCUCAACACCAUCCACAGAGCCAGCCAUAAACAACCCUUUCGUUGCAUCGGGACCUACAUAUGAUGUUUCCUCAAACCAAGUAGUCCGCCUAGAGUCGGCUACAGGCCUCAACUCACAUUGGGUCGGACACUGGAUUACCACUACUGAGCAUCUUCAUUUCAUUUUGAUUACAUUCACUGAUGUCGUGGGCGGUCGUGGUGCCAAUGGUUGUCUCAUUUACUCGUUGGAAACGGGUGGUUCCAGCUCGUCAUAUAUAUCGGACACGCCAACUACAAUUGGCCAGGAGCGCCUCAAAAUCCAAUUUGGCGAGCAGUACGAGCUCGGAAGCUUCUUCUGGGGCUCAGACUUCAAUCAAGGAUGGGCUAGUCUUGCAGCCUAUACCACCGGAACAUUCACUAUCAACGGAACAACCCAUAAAAUUGAUUCAAGACGUUCGACAACAUGGUAUGAUCGCCAAUGGGGUGAUGCAACUCCAACGCAAGGCUGGCACUGGUUCCCAAUCCAGCUCGACAACGGAAUUCGCAUCUCCGCAUGGGUUCUUCCAACCGAUAAAGGUUCACCCAUCAGAGCAUUUGCCACAGCUUUGUAUCCAAAUGGCCGGCAAGAAGUGGUUAGCGUGAACCCAGAUAUAAAGCCCAGCGAUCCGUGGGUUUCUUCCAACACGAACCGCACCUGGUUUGGGUCUUUUGAAGUCUCAUUUCUAGACGAGUACAAUAGUGUGAUCAAGGCUGCAUCGCCAGACGUUACCACUCGCCACUUUGGAGAGGCUGCUUUUGGGGCUGGGUUUGCUUGGAAGGGAGAAGAGGUCAGUGGCUGGGGAGUUGUCGAGCAAUGGCCAGCAUCUUGA